AUGGCCAAGAGGUCGCGCCAGGAACCCAAGAGGUACUAUAGCUAUGUGCAAUUGAAGACUACACUAAGGCAAUCGGUAGGUACUUUGGAAAACCCCGAAGGUGGGCUGUCUGUCUCAGAUUAUGAAAACGAUGAGACGCCCAAGAGGUAUUUCGAAAAUUUCUAUAAAAUAGACGACGGGCGUGCAGUUCCACGAGAGUGCUUAGACACCCCUCUAAUAGGUGAUGUGGAAUUCUCAGCUAGUUGUGUUCUCAAGGUUUUGGAGAACUUGAAUGUGAACAAGUGUGCCGGCAGCGACGGGCUACAUCCGGCCGUCAUCAGGCCACUGGCUCAGGCACUCGCCCCGGCGAUAACCGCACUCUAUCAGGAGUCUGGUUGGAUCCCGACGCCCUUCUGA